AUUGGCUCUGUUCCUUGGAAGGCAGGGGAGCAGGGGUCUGGAGGGAGCCGCCUACGUAAUUGGUGGAGACUUUGCAGCUUGGAGAAAGCUCACGAUAAGCCCAAAUUUACUUCUCUACUACGAUAAUUCGGAGCCAGCUCUGAAUCCCGCGCAAGAGAGCAUACAUAAGAUUGUCCAAGCUUGGAAUUUCAUCACCCAGCAAUCCAAGAUGUCUUCAUACGCAGAAAUUGCAUCGAAAGGGCCGAAGCAGUCUCCCGAGCAGGCCGCGGCGCCCCAGCCCCCGCAAGUCGACGCCUCGGAGAGCGCCAGCACCUCCUCUCUUGUGGACGUGGACACGCCCUCGGUGCACACGGUCCCCUCCGACUUCGCCGACCAGGACGUCCAGACGGACACGCAGGCCUCUCGCGUGGGCCGCGAGGAGGCGGCGCGGGAGCGGCGCGAGGAGGCCUCGGCCGAGGCGUCGGCGCGCGCCGAGGCCCACCUGGCCAAGAAGAAGGCCGCGUCGCGCGCCCGCCGCGCCGACGGCUGGAUCACCCGCCACCUGGCGGGCCUGUCCGACGGCGCCGGCGCCGCCCUCGUCGCGGGGAACCUCAUCGCCGUCGUUGCGCUCGGCGGCUGGCUGGGUCACAGGGCCUGGGGCCUGCACGAGCGCGGCUCCCUGGGCUGGAAGAACGUCGGCGUCGGGUUGGGCGUCCUCGGCGUCGUUGGUGCCUUUGAGGGGCUGUUUGCCAAGUAUGUUUUCCCGUAUUUUUCUUUCACUUUUCCCUCCAAAACUACGUUUGGUGGAAGGCCGGUGCUGACAGACGUGCCUUUGCAGUUACAUCCAGAAGGCGAGGAGCAAGAAGCAAUAGGCGGGGGAUACGAGUCUGGCCUGACCAACUAUGGUGAGCCCUGUGGUCUUGGGAUGGAGCGGGAAUGGCGAUGGCGGCACUGGGAACGUGAGGCGUUUGCUGGUUUGACUUUUCCUCACCUCUUGAUAUCUUAG